UAACGCAAUCGAGAGAGCAAACCAAAAAAAACUCAAAAAAAAAAUCAGAGAGCCAACUUUUUCUUUCUUCUGGGUUCUCUUCUCUGGUGGUGACGUCGAAGAGACUUCACAGAUUCAUAGGGUCAUAUAUAAUUGUUCUGGUAAACCAAUCGAGAAUAAUCGAAACCAAACCUUAAGGAAUUGGGGAGAGUUGUCUUUUUUUUUUGGGUUCGAAUUUUGUGGUUGAUUCAAAAGAAAGAACAAAAAAAAAAAAGGGUUUUGAGAUUUGGGUUGUUUUUGAUUUGGAUUUUGGUUAUGGGUUUAGGCAAUAAGGGUAACAAAUUCAGUUUCGGCGAGACUGAUCUCGCCGACGAAGGUAGUGGUGCCGAUGGCGAUUCUCGCGACGAAGGUGAUGGUUUUGGUUCGGUUUCCUGUUCGAUUUGUCUCGAGCCGGUUGUUAAAAACGGCGAUCGAGCCUGGGCUAAUCUUCAAUGUGACCAUCAGUUCCAUCUAGACUGUAUUGGUUCAGCGUUCAAUGCAAAGGGAGUGAUGCAAUGCCCCAACUGUCGGAAAGUAGAAAAAGGCCAGUGGCUUUAUGCAAACGGUUGCCGUUCAUAUCCUGAAUUCAGUGUCGAGGAUUGGGUUCAUGAAGAAGAUAUUUACGAUAUUGGAGCAUACUCUGAAUUGUCUUUCGGAGUUCACUGGUGCCCAUUUGGAAGCUCAGCACGUCUUCCUUCUUUUGAGGAUGGAGAAUUUACACCAAGUUCAUAUCACGAUCUCUUGGGACAGCAAGGAUACUAUUCUGAACCAGCAGCGCCAACCGCGGGUCAUCCAUGUCCAUAUGUAACCUACUUUGGCCCGGUUCAUUCUUCUUCCUCAAGCAGCGGUGGUACUGCAGGUGUUUCAGACAGUUCAAGUUUCAGUAGUCACUGGAACUCAGGCUCUUCGGUUUCUGGUGAAGUUCCAACUCCUUAUGGUUUCCCUGUGGAUCCCCACUAUCACGGCUGGGAAUAUCACCCGCCUCCACCCCCACCACCACAGCAUUUCUCUGCUUCUGGCGCUCACGUGGGCAGUCCAACUCAACCCACUCCUCCACCAGCUGCUGCGAGAACUUCCAGAGCCAACGGCUCAGAUGUAAUCAGACCCAGACCGCCACAUUUCAUGCGUCCAUUUCAUGGUCACAAUCACAGUUCCAGCGGUAGAGCGGGUAGUUCGGUGGCAUCUGUUCCGAGGACACCGCCAUUUCCAGGAAGCAACGCGAGGACGCGAGACAGAAUGCAAGCUCUUCAAGCCUAUUACCAACAGUCUUCUGCACAGUCACACCAGCAGGAUUCACCUAUAGUAUCUCGAGGGCCUGUAUUCCCAUCUGGCCGGAGGCCUGCUAGAGGAAUAGCUUCCGGGAUGGGAUCAACAUCAUCUUCUUCGGAUCAGGCAGGUGGGAGCGGUUUUAUCCGGUUUAAUAUAUGGGAGAGAGAUCCUUAUAUGCAAUCGCAACAAGCCUACUCAGUUAAUCAGAUGGACAGAGAACCAAACAUGUGGACAUCAUCGUUCAACGAAGGAUCUGGAAGCUUCCAUCAGAGGCACGGUGGCGGAGGAGGAUCAUCAUAAGAAUAUGAGUAAGUACCCGUCAGAGAUUCUCACCGGCGGGCAAUUCUCAUGAACGUUGGACAAAACCAAAAAGAGAAAGAAAAAAAACAUUGGGAAUUUGAUAUUUGAGAAAACCUGAAAACUGCAUGCUCAAGUUAUGUGAUGAAUUGAUAAUCUAAAAACACAAAAAUGGUAUGUAAUGGUUUGGAGAGAGACAGCCUCCCCCCUCCCGUUGGUGGUGACCGUGCGGGUUCGAGCCGGUUUUGGUCUGGUUUGGAUCGGGGGAGCAAAAGAGGUCGUUGUUUGGGUAUUUGUUUUUAAAUGUGGCUACAAUGGGUAUCGAAGUUAAAUACCCUAAUGAAACUUUUUUCCUCUGGGAUAAUGUUAAUUAUAAAUCUUUGAGUUUUUUCUUUGUUCU